AUGGCAGAUGUAGAUAUUGCGCCCAAUUUUGGGCUUGAGCUGAAGGAUGGCUUCAAACCUGUCAAUGCCUGGGUUUCGAACGGAAUAACUUGGCUAGAUGAUAUCCAGCAGUUCUACCGAGAGCGAAGCGCAAUCGAAAAAGAGUACAGCGCGAAGCUAAACACAUUGGCCAAGAAAUAUUAUGAGAAGAAAGCAAAGAAGUCAAGUAGUUUGAGUGUUGGAGACACACCUGCCUUGACUCCUGGGUCGCUUGAGAGUGCUUCGUUGACGACUUGGACGACACAGUUAACGACGCUAGAAUCUCGCGCCGCCGAGCAUGACAGAUAUGGCGGAGAGUUAAUCUCACAGUUAGCAGAUCCUCUAAAACAUAUCGCUACAAGAUUUGAGGAGCUGCGAAAGCGCCAUGCAGAUUUCGCAGCCAAGCUCGAAGCUGAACGAGAUGGUACAUACGCAGAUCUACGGAAAACGAAGGGAAAAUACGAUGCUACUUGUCAAGAAGUCGAGAACAAGCGCAAGAAAGCAGAGUCAGCAUUCGAUUACUCGAAAUCGAAAGCGCAAAAUGCGUACCAGCAGCAAAUACUCGAAAUGCACAAUGUCAAGAAUACCUACUUAAUCGCCAUCAACGUUACGAACAAACAGAAAGAGAGAUACUACCAUGAAUACGUGCCGGACUUGUUGGAUAGUUUACAGGAUCUUUCUGAAUCGCGGACCGCUAAACUUAAUGGGAUAUGGGCUUUGGCAGCGCAGCUUGAGCUAGGCAUGCUAAAACGUAGUACCGACUUUGUAAAUCAUCUUGCACAGGAGAUUCCGCGAAAUCAACCGGUACUGGAUUCCAUGAUGUUUGUUAGACAUAAUGCCGCUGGAUGGCAGGAACCGCCAAAUAAGCAAUUCGAGCCGAGUCCCGUAUGGCACGACGAUGGCGCUAUGAUGGUUGACGACACAGCCAAGGUUUUUCUCAGAAACGUUUUGAGCAAAUCCAAAGGACAAUUGGGAGAAUUGAGAAGGGAAGUAGACAAAAAGCGUAGAGAGGUGGAGGGCGCCAAACGAGUAAAGCAACAGAUCCGCGAGGGAAAAGACAAGCGAGAUGAAGUUGAAGUGGUGAAAGCCAUCUUUGCUCUACAGGAAAAUCUACAUGAAGUUGAUCACAAGCGACUCACGGCGGAGGUAGAGACUAUAACAAUUACAGAAGCGGUGGGAGACGUGACUUUAGGCGCAAAAAGUCAUAAUUUCAAGUCACAGACCUUCAAAAUACCAACAAAUUGCGAUUUGUGUGGAGAAAGAAUUUGGGGGUUAUCAGCCAAGGGCUUUGACUGCCGCGAUUGUGGUUAUACAUGCCACAGUAAAUGCGAGAUGAAGGUUCCGGCAGAAUGUCCAGGAGAACAAACGAAGGAAGAGCGGAAGAAGCUGAAAGCAGAGCGUCAAGAAGCGGCGAACUCGUUAAAAAGUCCUACACAUCAGCCAGGUGAUAGUGUUGCUGAGCUUCCCACGAUGAGUCGCACAAAUACAAUGAACUCUCUCAGCUCUGGAUAUGCAGCUAGUGCCCAUCGAUCAGUAUCGGGCAGCGGUCCGCGGUCUCCAGCAGACGAGACACCACCCGAGAGACCAACCUCAGCAAAGCCUAGUAUUAGUGGACCAACAACACUGCGUAAGAAUCGAGUUGUUGCGCCCCCACCGUCGACGUAUGUCAGCGAGCUUCCUGGGAGCGCUCCAAAUGGUUCCGGAGCGGCUUCGAGCGAUCCGAAAGGAAAGAUGCUUUAUGCCUACGAUGCCAACGGUGAUGGCGAGGUCACAGUUGCUGAGGGUAAAGAAGUGACUAUUCUAGAACCAGAUGAUGGCGGAUGGACGAAGGUAAAAGUAGGUUACAAAGAAGGUCUAGUCCCUACCGCCUAUAUCGAGAUAUUACCGAUGGCAACCUUAGCACCACGCCCAUCAUCUAUCUAUUCCAAUUCUGGCUCCUCGAUGUCCAGUAGUAUUCAAGGCAAGAAGCAAGGUCCGGUAGUAGCACCAAGGCGUGGAGCGAAGAAGCUGAAAUAUGUCGAGGCGCUCUACGAGUAUUCAGCACAAAGCGAUGCAGAACAUAGCAUGACCGAAGGAGAACGAUUCGUUCUCAUCAAAGAAGACCCAGGCGAUGGAUGGGCUGAAGUGGAGAGGAACGGCGUGACGAAGAGCGUACCCGCAAAUUAUGUGCAGGCUGUAUAG